AUGAAUGGGUUUUCUCCACAACAGCACCAACAACAGCAUCAUCCACCACAACAAACCUAUGGACAACGGAUGAGUACUUCUCAUCCACCUCCACAACCUCCACAGCAACAGCAGCAGCUCAACUAUCAUCAUCCGACACAACCAUCACCACCAUCAUCACUUUCCCCUUCAGCAUCUAAUUUAUUAAAUGCAAAUAAUUUUCCCGUACAACAUCAAUCGCAUCCUUCCUUUCAACAAAAACCAUAUCCAAACACGUUUCAUCAAGGAAAUAAUUACUACAAUAAUAGUACGGACGGUGCUUCUGUUCCUCCAACCAACUAUUCACAAUUUUCAGUGCCACAACAUUCACCACAAGGUUACAUUUCCCAAAACACCUCUCCACAAAUGGUGAACUAUGGUACUGGAAAUUACUCGUCACAGAGCCCCCAAUACAACAACAAUGUCUAUUCCCAACAAAAUAAUAUGACUGCUAGUAAUAUUUAUCCUUCACCUGCAAAUAAUAAUAAUGGAAACUUCACACACCAUAAUCAGAUCGGAACUCCGCCAUCACAAAAACAAUAUUCUCAAAAUUCAAUGAUGACCUCAUUCCAAACCACUCCACUGCAUUCUCCUCAAAAUAAUGAAAUGCAACCAUCAACAAUCCAACAAUCCCUCUCCUCUGAAUUUCAUCCUAUUGCCUGCAUUAAUUGUAGGAAAAUGCAUAAGAAACUCCCAAGUUGCAAUAGAUGCGAAUCUAAGGGAAUUGUUUGCGAGUACAAAACGCCAAGAAGAAUGAGAUAUCCAAAUCCGCAACUCAAGCAACAGAAGGAAGAAAACGAUCAACCUAAAAAGAAAAAGAAGAAAAGUCUUGAAGAAAACAAUACAGUGUCACAACCUCAAGCUCAAUCAUCGGAGGAUUCUCUUAGUACGCCGGCCGAUACGACGUGGACAUCAAAAAUCCCACAAACUCUUACCAAGAAACAUGUCAUUGACAUUUAUUUUCGAAUGAUUUGUGAUCACUUUAUUAUCAUAGAUAGAGCCCUUCUGGAAAAACACAUCUUACACAAGAGCUCUGAUGACGAAGUUGAAUCAGAUCUUCCAUACAAGAAGGAGAUGCAAUGUUUUUAUUUUGUAAUUCAAGCUCUCGUGGAACAACGUUUAGGUAUGGGAGACCAAGCCGAAAAAACCGCUAGAAAAGCACGUGACAUGUUAUCUAAAUUGUUUGACGAAGUGUCGAAUUAUGUUGUUGCGUGUGCUUAUGCUUCACUAGGUGCUUAUGAAAUUGGAAGUGGAAGGGUAAAGCUUUCCAAAUUUUAUUUGAGAAACGCAAAAUUUUACUUUGAGGAGAUGGACGAAACUGAAAAGCAGAAGCUCAACGAGUAUGAAAAGGCUCUACAAAAAUACCUAUCGUCUAUUGAUAUUGUUAACGCUGACAGUGAACUGGGUAUUAAUACCUUCAUUCACAAUUUUCCAAAAGUAUUCGAGUAUACCACUGGUCAUCCUCUGCCUCAAGAAAUUGUAAAAGCGACGCAACAAGAGGUUAGCCCCUCUAAUUGUCUGGACUAUUUGAAAAUUAUCGAAAUGGUUGCAUCUUAUCUCAACAAAUAUUUCCGUUCAUUGGCUGCCAAGAACAGAACUGAAAGAGAGAUGGAGAUCUAUGACCGUGGUUCGAACUUGUGUCAGUCAGUACUUCUUAACGGACUCAGAGUUGGUGUUUUGACGAAGGCAGGAUACGGAAAACAACUGAUAGAAGAGAGCUCUCUUCGAAUUUCGUACUCAUCUGAAAGCGAAUUUUUCCCAUUCUUGCCUGUUAUUGUGAUACCUCAUGUCGCUUUGGCAUCAAGAAUUCACUUACAGAUUUGUAAAAAGAUCGAGAAUGGGACCAGACAAAAUAAUCAAAAGGGUUUAUUAUCGGAUGGACAUAGUUAUGGACCUGUUGACUACUUUGAAAUUCUCACCAAAGAUUAUCGAGCCCUAAAUGUAUUAAGCAAAAGAUUCAAACGCGUCUCACUCUGUUAUGGAUCAUUGAUGGAUGAAAUUGGCCAAAUGUUAAAGAAGCGUUCAAUACUACCCAGUGGUAACGCCACUGCCGAAAACAACGCCGAAGAUAAUGCCGUGUUGAACGUUCUAUCUUCUACCCAAUCUUCAUCAAAACCUCGAGCACCAAUUGGUGAAAUGAUGCAACCGAGCACUUUUGAUGCUGGAUUGCCACCUCUUUCAUUCCUAAUUGGAUACGUCAAUGAAACAGCAGCUAAUAAUCUCAAUGUUUUAAAACCUCCAACAGCAGAAAACAGAGUUCAAUUUUCACAGCUAUUGGGUGGUGGCCACGUCACAGACAAUGCAAGCUCCUCCUCACAGUCCCCUCUUUUCUCCACUAAAUCACCCUCUCAACAAGAAUUGUAUUUUGUCGAUCCCUUUUUCACUCACGAAGAUUUACAACAAAUAUUUUCACCAUCCACCUAUGGAGAUUUCGAAGAAGGUGAAUUGAAUCAGUUCAUGUAA